GAGGAGGCGGAAGCGGAAGCGGAAGAGGAAGACGACGACGAAGACGAAGAAGAAGACGACGAAGGGGGAACAGAUGACUCACCUCACGUGUUGAAGUUACCAAGUGAAACCGUCUGUUCGGGAGCGUUGACCCGCCUGAAGAGACGUUGGAAGGUGCAGUGAUGCAGUUCGCCUCCACCGAGUGGGUCCACGUCCACUGAAGUGGCCUUUGGCUUCUGGCUCCCAUGACCUGCAUCCUCUGAGUUCGAGUCCACCGUCUGAUUCCCGGGUGUUGAGCGGCGAGCGGGGGGACCGGCCCUUGACGGAGGCGGAGGGGGGCGUGGCCGAGGAUGGACAGCCGAUGCAGCAGCAGCGCCGAUUCGCGGCUCACCGGCCGGGGGGUGGGGUCUAUCAACACGACGCCCAUCUGUGCGCGUGGGGGGUCGUACGAAGCCGGAGGGAAGAAGUGCAUCUCCGACGUGAGGAGGACCUUCUGCCUCUUCGUCACCUUCGACCUCUUGUUCGUCACCUUGCUCUGGAUCAUAGAGCUCAAUGUGAACGGCGGAAUUCAGCAGCAGCUGGAGAAAGAAGUCCUGCACUACGACUACCACGCCUCCUUCUUCGACAUCUUUCUCCUGGCUGUCUUCAGGUUCGCCACCCUCAUCUUGGCCUACGCCGUCUGUAAGCUCCGUCACUGGUGGGCCAUCGCGGUCACCACCGCCGUCAGCUGUGCGUUCCUCAUCAUCAAGGUCAUUCUGUCAAAGCUGCUGUCUCAGGGCGCCUUCGGUUACCUGCUGCCCAUCGUCUCCUUCGUCUUGGCCUGGAUCGAGACGUGGCUGCUCGACUUCAAGGUUCUGCCUCAGGAGGCCGAGGACGAGAGCAGAUAUCAGUCCUUCGUGGACGCCGCCGAGCGAGCUCCUCUCAUGUGUCCUGGUCCGUUGUCCGACGGACAGUUCUACUCUCCGCCGGAGUCGCUGGCAGACUCUGACGAGGAGCUGGAUGAUAAACACGAUCCAGAAAAAGGGCUCAUCCAGGACGUCACUUAACAGGAUCCACACGUCGUCUUUGUGCCACCUAGGGAAAACAAUGCUGCCUUAACACAUCGUGACGUUUUUUGUUUUUUUACUCGACUCUGAAACAAAGUCUUUGUGAAGUGGUGUGUCUGACAUCAGCCGCUCUGCACGUCUGAGGGCAAAGAAGCAUAUUUCACUCUCAUGACUUGUUCUUAUUUUUUAAAGGAAUCGGGGGUUGUUGUUGUUGAUGUUGUUGUUUUCUUUUUCCUGGACCUUCGAGGAGAAUAUUCACAUUAAUGGAAUGUUUCUCCAGAAAUUGAUUUGAACUGAAUUAAGACACUUCUCUCAUCUCAACGUCAUUUAUUACUUUGAAUUGUGUUGAUUUCCACGUGUCUGGAUUUGACGUCACUGUACAGGAACAUAAGCUCCACGUGGCCGCCGGCGCUCGUAGCGAAUGAAAGUCGGAACAUUUGCGGUUUUGGAGCGUUUAUAAAAACGACUCUUCCACCGAAGCCACUUGCAUGGAAUAUUAUUAUUAUUAGUAUUAUUAUCAUAAUACUGAGAUUAUUAAACGUGACGCGUGGACACAUAAGGUUUUUGGGAAGAGUCGCGACACUGAACUUUACGAAAUCUGCUCGGAAAAGCUGUCAGAGGCUCGAUGUGAAUUAGGGAAGAAAAUAAAUAACUGUACAUAUCUUCAUGCAUGCAAUGCAAAGCCAAGUGGUUCUGUUUUUUUUUUUAAUGAAAAGCUUGUUUGUAAAAUAGAAUCAUUAAACUGUGAAACUUUG